AUGGUCUCCACUGAUCCUUUCGCGGCCACGCGUUCAGACUCGACCAUGUCUGCAGGUUCCGUUGGCGUGGCGAUGGAUCCGUCUGUGAGCAAACGAUACACGAGUCCGUUCCCGCCGUUGCACUUGUCCCCGACGACCACUAUGGAGUUGGAGGGACUUGCACACAAGCUGGUGGCUCGUAACAUCGGCGCGUACGAGAGUUUCUUGAUUGACAACCAUGGCAAAGUGGACGAAGAAAAGUGGAAGUUCGUCUCGUCCAAAGACGACUUGAAAGCGUACUCGGAGCAGCCACGCGCCGUGGAAUCUCCACACCCGUAUCAACAGGAAACGCCGGUGGCGGAUCUACCGGUUGUCAUGAUCACUGGAACGGUUGUAGGUGACUUGGAUGAUGUCAUGUAUGGCGUUGUAUGUCCGACGACCGAGCAGAUGCGGGUCAAGACGUCCUACAUUCAUGACGAUAUCCCGAAGAGUUGUGUGCUUGCAAUGCUCGCGCCGCCGACGCCGGAAAACCCGUUCAACUCGCUCUCCAUCAAGUGGGUGGAAGUGCAUGUACCACUUGCAGUGCGUCCUGUCGUAAAGAACCGAGACUUCGUCUACAUGGAAACCACCGGCAUCGAACGUCUUCGAAAUGGCGAGCGGGUGGGAUAUCACAUUGUACAUUCCGUUCAAUUCCCAGAGACUCCGGUGCUUGAUACGCAUUUUCGAGGUAACAGCUCGAUCAGUAUCUUGUAUCGUCAACGAACCACGAACGUCACCGAUGUGUACAUUAAGGGGUUCUUUAACCCGGCCGGUGGCAUCAUGCGUACCAUUGUCAUUCGAUCAGCGGCUAGGAUACUUUUAUCUGUGGCGAAGGACGUGUACUGUAGCCACAUGAAGAAGCUCGCGUGGGCCCUACGGCAACGAUACAAUGGCGAAACCUCUUCUUCAAGCUCGGAAUGUACUGAUGGCUCCUCAAGUGGUUCUUUGGACGACAAGUACUGCUCUGGUUGCGGUAAGAAACAAUCGGUUUUUGUCCAGGCUGCGAGCAAAACGAACCAAGGCGCCAAGAUCUUGCAGAAGAAGAGGCAUUGCAAAAUUUGCACACGCUACAUGUGUUUGGACUGCAGGAGACAACACCAACUCACGUUCCUUCUGCCAGACCAGCGUCUCAAGCAACGUCUUGUCACGGUUUGUCGAAGCUGCGAAAUUGAAGCCAUCUCGGAAAGCGCCAUGACUAUAGCGCGAGACGAGCUGCUACAAGGCAACCAGAUGCAGCGCUGGGACAGUGGCGACGUGUUCAAUACGACCAUCUCGGCGCACAGCCUGCAGAGCGAGUAG